GCUCUACAGGCUGGUGGGUUUUGCUUUGUGAAAGAUGGCCUCUGGUUUUCUCCGUUAUAGCAGAUUUGUUGACAUACUGACUUUGUUAAACACACAUUGUAUUUCCAGGGUGCUGUUGCUCUCACUGUUGGCCUUCAGCAAGCAUGCUGAGUCUCUUACUUACAGGAGUACCUACUCCAGUGGUAUUAAGCCUUACUCUGGGAUGGCUGAGAAUUUUCCACACAACCAGAAUCCUGUUUUCAGACAUAAGAGCUAUGCACAACCCCGAAGUUCUCUGGGUGUUUAUGGGCCUGAACAUGGGUCACCUGAGAAUUCUUACCCCACUGCUGCAGGUAUGCCUGGUGGUGCUGGUGCUUCCUCUGGUGGGCCAUUAAAUGGUUACCAUCAACAAGGAAGCAUGUCUAGCUACAGAUCUGGCUCAUCACAUUACCAGGGGGAUACUGAUGGUGCCCUCCAGUCCAAAGAUGCCAUGUGGGGUUUAGCUUCACCCCAGAAAAGAAACCGGAUUGACACAGGAAUUGUCUCAAGUUAUCCAAUUGAGAUGCGUUCUGUGCCCCAGUGGCAAAGUAAUGAGCACCAGACCCAGCCACACCCUGAGCGAGAACAGUUUAGCGACUUUCAGUCUCGCCCGCUGCCCCAGCAGCCGCGCUACGAGGCCAGCAAGCCCCAGGCCCGGCCUUUCCCCAGCAGCCGCGCUACGAGGCCAGCAAGCCCCAGGCCCGGCCUUUCCCCAGCAGCCGCGCUACGAGGCCAGCAAGCCCAGGCCCGGCCUUUCCCCCAGCAGCCGCGCUACGAGGCCAGCAAGCCCCAGGCCCGGCCUUUCCCCCAGCAGCCGCGCUACGAGGCCAGCAAGCCCCAGGCCCAUCCGCGCAGUGAGGCCAAUUCUCCAAGUGAAGAUGUGCUGCAAAACAAAGCUAGCAUGUGGGACUUGGCUAUUAACUCCAAUGCUGAUCCAAGAAGUUUGAGACCCAUUCAAGUUUCAUCAAGUUAUCUCUACAGCUGGCCACAGCAACAGGCACCCUUCUACAACAGAUAUUAACAAUAGGUUUCUGACCUCACCUGUGAACAGCUGGUUUUGGCUUGGCAUCAGAUUUUGUGAUAUCAAUAAAGUACACAGAACUACACUCCCUGGCUGCUGUUUAAAGCUCCUUUGACCAUGAGUAAGUUCAGUUUUAUGCAUGCUCUCAUGAUAAACUGAGCUGCUCUAUAGAUCUAGGCUUGUACUGUUGCUACCAUAAUGUUGCCUUCCAGUAUACAAACUGAAGCUGUAAGCCCCAAAGACUGUCACAGAAUUGUCUUACAGUUGUGUAGCUUAGCAAAGCAAAUCUGCUUAGCUUGUCUUAAUGUUUCAACAAGUGUUCAGUGUUCACAACCACAAUUUUCACUUCAAGAACAAGGGGUGGAAACAUGGCAGUUUAAUGCCUUCUAUCAAUGGCAAAAAUUACAGUCCACUCAGGACUACAACCAACCAGAUGCUAAACGAAAAAUGGUGGUAGUCUGCCAAGCAGGUGCUCACUAUCAGGGAAAAUUAGGGAUUAGCAUCAACCAAGGCAGCUCAAAGCACAAGCAGCAAUAUAGCUUUGAAAGGUGUGGGUGUCAGUUUUUGGGUCCCAAUUGUGAACUAUGACCAUUCCUUCAACAUCAGUGUCACAUUAGCUGUUCUCUUUUUCUGCCUUAAAGUAAA